AUGGCGAGUGUUCAGGUACCAGCCAGGCACAAGGCCUGUGUGUAUGACAACCCGGGCAGCAUUUCCACCAAGAUCGAGGAGAUCGAGACCCCCAAACCUGGUGUUGGUGAGGUUCUGGUGAACCUAACGCACUCAGGAGUCUGCCACUCGGACAUGGGUGUGAUGUGCAAUGCAUGGGCAUGGCUUCCUGCUCCCACACAGAAAGGUCAGGUGGGUGGCCAUGAAGGCGUCGGCACCGUCGCCGCCAUGGGACCUGGCACCGAAACUUCGGGUGUGAAGAUUGGCGACCGUGUGGGUAUCAAAUGGAUUGCCUCUGCUUGCGGGAACUGCAUCCCUUGUCUCGUGGGCGCAGAUGCCUCCUGCACCUCAGCGAAGAUCUCCGGGUACUAUUUUCCUGGCACAUUCCAGCAGUAUGCCAUUGCCCCUGCCCAUUAUGUUACCCCCAUCCCAGACGCACUCCCGAGCGAUAUGGCAGCCCCCAUGCUGUGCGGUGGUGUCACUGUGUACGCGGCUCUGAAGAAGUUGAUAGACCAAGGGGUGCGUCCUGGAGACUGGGUGGUCAUCCCUGGCGGCGGGGGCGGGCUUGGUCACCUGGCCCUACAGAUCGGCUCUCGAGGCAUGGGAUUCCGGAUGAUCGGUAUCGACAUGGGCGGAAAAGAGAAGCUGGUCAAGGACUGCGGCGCUGAAGUGUUCCUCGACUUGUCUAAAUACAGUCGGGACGACGAAGGGACCAAGAAAUUGGUCGAAGACGUCAAGACUGCGACGGGCGGUGGUGCUGCGGGCGUGGUGGUCUGCACAGCGAGCAACGUCGCUUAUGCCCAAGGCGUGAGUUUCCUCAAGUUCAGAGGCACGUUGGUGUGCGUGGGUGUGCCCGAGGGCGAGGCAGUGCCGAUUGCUACAGCGAACCCAGCAACAAUCUUGGUUGGGGAAAUCAAGAUCGUGGGCAGCGCGGUUGGCAACAGAAAAGAGGCGAUGGAGACCCUGGAAUUGGCGUCGAGGGGGAUUGUCAAAACACAUUUCGAGGUCCAGCCGAUGAGCAAGCUGACCGAGACCUUUGAGAGGAUGGACAAGGGCGAGUUACAGGGGAGAGUGGUCCUCGACCUGAGCGGGUGA